UGUUUUUACUGCCUGCUUCUCCUGAAAGAUCCUCUCAACUGCCUCCAAAUUCACGAUUCUCCCUCAGACUGACUGAGGUAGUUUAUCUUUUUUGGAUAACCUACUUAUAGAGAACUGUGGAUAUACACCCACUCUUACAGCCAUAUGCACCAUUAUAUUCAGGUUUGUUAUUUCCAUUUUAUGGCAGUAUGAAAUAGGCUAUCGAUUUAACUUGUCCUAUUUCAACUUUGGCCAAGAUUGGAUUUUUUUUAACGAGCUGGGAUGGGCACCCCCGGCCGGCCCGCCUGGGAGCAGGAGAUCACAAGGACGGACUCUCGGGUUGGAUAGUGCAAAACGACGCGGCCGUGAUUCAUCCGCAGUUUCCGCGCGGCGCGCAGGUGGAGGGGAAGGGGAGAGGAAACAGCGGCUCGGGACGGACGGAUGAAACGGUCUCAUGCGCAAGGUUCGAUCCGCGUAAAAACGAACUGUCUCCCUUUGGCUUGGCGUGACAUUUACUCGGAGCUGUGACCCGUUUCCCCCCCUCCAACGACAAAAAGUUUGCCUGGUGAAAAAUGAUGCUGUGCUCCGCUGAUGCUUUUUCACGCACUGCUGUGGAUUCCGGCGUCAGCCUAAGUGGCCAGUCAUCACUUGAGAAAUAGCUGCGACUCUUUCGCUUUUAAUCUCGGUGCCAAUUACAAGAGAGGAGCUUUUUUUUUUAUUCCCGCACAUCAUCACAAGCCCCGGGAUUGCAUUCAUAUGAAUUAAUGUCGCGCUCCAAAAUGGACUUCCUCGGACUGUACUUCUUCCAGCUCGCGCUCAUCGGCAUCCCACACAUGGUUCUCUCUGCAGGCGGGAGGGACUGUCUACGUGCCGGAGACACCUGUUCCAGCGAUGACACCUGCAGCCCACGGCUGCGCACCCUCAGGCAGUGUGUGGCAGGAGAUGGCAGUGUCAAACUGGGGCCCGGGGCACGAAACCAGUGUGAGAACGCCAUGACUGCGCUUCUCUCCACCCCUCUGCACGGCUGCCAAUGCAAACGAGGGAUGAAGAGAGAGAAGAACUGCCUGAGUAUCUACUGGAGUCUUCACCAGUCAGUGCUGCACGGACUCAGCCUGGUGGAGAGCUACCCAUAUGAACCAGAGGAAAGGGGCUCGGAUUACGUUCGUCUGGCCUCCAUCGCUGCAGAGUCUGAGGUGAUGACAGUGAACCGCUGCCUGGAUGCUGCCAAGGCGUGCAACAUAGAUGAGACAUGUCAGAAGCUUCGUACAGAGUACGUCUCAGCCUGCAUCCAGCCAUCAGCCCGCUCGGGGCCAUGUAACCGACCAAAGUGCAACAAGGCGCUGAGGAAGUUUUUUGACCGCGUUCCUCCUGACUACACCCAUGAGCUGCUGUUCUGUCCCUGCACCGACACGGCCUGCGCAGAGCGCCGCAGGCAAACCAUCGUGCCAUCCUGCUCCUACGAAGAAAAGGAAAAGCCAAACUGUCUGGCUCAGCUGCGGAUCUGCAAGGCAGACUAUGUGUGCAGGUCGCGCUGGGCACAGUUCCAGUAUGACUGCCAGCCCUCUGAGCAGAGCGCCAGUGGAUGCAAGCAGGAGAACUACGGAGCAUGUCUGGUUGCAUACACCGGCCUGAUAGGAAGCACAAUAACUCCCAACUACCUUGACAACUCCACAUCCAACGUGGGACCCUGGUGCUCCUGUGCAGCAAGCGGCAACCACAGGGAACAAUGCUAUGACUUCCUCACGUUUUUCCAUGACAACGUUUGCCUGAAAAACGCCAUCUUAGCUUUCGGGAAUGGAUCAGAUGUGAAAACGGAUGCCAGUCAGCCCGGGAUGCCCAGUCCAGCGACUGACAACCAGAACCCACACUUGGUAACCACCGCCCCAGGCAUCUCCAUGGAAACAGAGCAGAAUGUUCUGCGAGCACAGAUACCUACUCAGGUCAACGAGAAUGACAGAUUGUGGGGCGACGAGGGAGACUCCACUCUUCCCUCUCCGGGCCUUUCGGACCACGGUGCUGAGCUCGUCUGCCCCUCCCUGCCGCUCGUCGUUGGCUGGCUGCUCUUGGUGCUGCUCUCCCACCCAUAAACAGGCCUCCAUCACUUGGCCUUUAUGAACAAAGUUCCAGAUCCAGACAGGGAGGGGAGGGUUGGGGCAUGAGAGAGAAACAACCAUUUCUGCGUGUCAAGCAAAGGUCGGGGAAAAACGUUGGCUCUGUCCUGCCCCACUCCCCUCCCCUCUCCGUCACAGAAGUCACACUUUAUCUAUUUUUGUGGAUCAUGACCCUGAGCUGAUGUGCUGUGAAGCUCAUGCCCUUCGUGGGAGCAACAAGAAAGGGUGGCAAUGUUGCACCAUCCAGUAGGGGAGGAAAAUAGGAAAUACUCACAUCAUUCCCUGCUUCACACCUGCCCAGUCACAAACUUUUACAUCCAACACACACUCGGACUUCUCUCAUCUGAUAACAACAGUCGGUGGGUUCAGAAGGUGUACAGUGAAGAGACACUGAAGAUGCAGUGAAGGAAAACUCUAAAAAAAAAACGUAUAUAUACAUAUAUAUAAAACUAAUAAAUGACUUUUUCUUUUCCUCUUUGGUUCUCGAACAUUCCUCGAUGUAAAAAAUUAAAAAAUUAAAUGUUAAGACUUUUUAUGUCAGAUGAAGUGUUACAUAAGAUUUAAGGUGGGACGUGUGUUCGUCCACAGCUCUCUGCCCAUUCAGCUCUGCUCUUUGUUUCAAUGCCACAUUUCAUAUUUUAAUUAACUUUUACCCAAAAUGUUAGAUGGAAGCACACAUUAUAAUCCAGUGGAUUCACAGUGAAAUUCUUUGAAUGUUUGUUGUUAUGUUUUAUGUUGAAGGUGUGAAGAGUUUGUUUCCUAAACAAAGAACUUAUUUUAGAAAAGUCUAAAUUAAUCAUUCUAAUGAGACUUAAAAAGAUCUGUAAUGUUUUAUGUUGUCAGAGAAGGAGCUAAAAUGAUUAUCCUUUAGUGUCCUGCUUUUUUUUUAAAACUAUGAAUCAUUUGGUAUGAGUAGAUGUCUCUUCUUGUAAAUUUUAAAUACCUCAUUUUGGAAGGGAACUCUUCAUUUAUUCAUUCAUUAAGCUUUAAGUCAAAGACUUUGGGUAUAUGCCUCUUCAGAACUGAUAAAAAACAAAAGGAAAAAAAACAAUCAUGUGAUUUUGGUGAAGCAGUAAGUGACUGGGACAAGUUUAUAUUUUUUAAAUGUAUAUUUGGACUUUGUUGCAAAGAAAAUCGAUAUCCACGACCGGGUUUGUGACCAAUCAAGCGUUGAACGUUAUGGGAGAACCGGUGGGACAGAGAUGGUGUGGAUGCAGAAACAGAUGCAUCCACUUUUUUACGAGAUGAAAGUAGUGACCCAUGUUGCCAGCAACCUGCUGGGACGCCUGGCUUGACGUGGGACUUGGAAGUAUUUACUGUUCUGUAAAAACAGCGCUCUGCCUGGUGGAGCGGACAUGUCUGCUCCAAGUGUUUCAGAGUUAAAUGUACCGAUGGGGGUUUGGGGCAAUUUUCAGUACUGCCACUGAAUUCAAUUUGUUCCACUACAUUUUUAAAUGAUGCAACAUAUGUUGAUUUUAAAUGAAAGAAAAAUGCAUGGCCUCCAGCUGGAUGUAGGCCUGAUCAAUCAAUUUGGACCCAGUACAAUAAAACUAGAAAGUUCUGACAAAUUA